GUCGCAGCCGUUCUGAUCGAUAAUGGAGCUUCGCUUGAAGCUAGCACCAAAAAAGGUUUCCAACCGUUACAUUUAGCUGCAAAAUAUGGACAAAUUAAAGUGGCUGAGCUCCUAUUGCAAAAAGGGGCUCCGGUUGAUGCACAAGGAAAGAACGGAGUGACUCCAUUACAUGUCUCUGCUCACUACGAUCAUCAAAAUGUUGCAUUGCUUUUGUUAAACAAAGGUGCAAGUCCAGUGGCUGUCGCCAAAAAUGGUCAUACCGCUCUUCACAUUUCUGCACGUAAAAAUCAAAUGGAUAUUGCAACGACUCUAUUAGAAUAUGGUGCUCAGGCUGAAAGCGAAAGCCGUGCUGGUUUUACUCCAUUACAUUUGAGUAGCCAAGAAGGUCACGUUGAGAUGUCAAAUCUUCUGCUCGAACACAAAGCUAAUUCAAAUCAUCAGGCUAAGAACGGUUUAACACCAUUACAUUUGUGUGCACAAGAGGAUCGCACAAAUGUUGCCAAAAUUCUUAUUGAAAAAGGUGCCAACGUAAAUGCAAAAACAAAAAAUGCAAAUACAGCAUUGCAUAUCGCUUCGCACUUUGGCCAAUUAAAUAUGGUAAGAUUUUUAUUAGAAAAUGGAGCAAAUGUUAAUGCAGAUAGUGCAUUCUCAAUGACCCCGCUGCACCAAGCAGCCCAACAGGGUCACUUGCAUAUUGUGAAUAUUUUACUAGAACAUAAAGCAAAUCCGGAUGCACUCACACUGCAAGGGCAAACACCAUUGAAUAUUUCGCAAAAGUUGGGUUACAUCAGUGUCGUUGAAUCGCUCAAGAAUGUGACACAAUCCGCAAAGGAUCAAAUGCAAACUUCGACAAAUGAAGGCGAAAAAUAUCGUGUUGUUGCCCCGGAAGCUAUGCACGAAACAUUUAUGUCUGAUUCAGAGGAAGAAGGUGGAGAUGAUGUAAAUACAGAUCAUCCGUAUAGGUAUUUAACUGUAGAUGAAAUGAAAUCAUUAGGAGAUGAUUCAUUGCCUAUUGAUGUAACUCGUGACGAACGAAUCGAUUCGAAUCGAAUGGCAAUUUCAACUGAUUCAAAUAACAUGAAUAUCUCACAAAAUGAGGAUAUCAUUACACCACAACAUGUUACUCAAACUCAUGUGGCUCUUGAUGGUAAAUAUGCCAUCGAUAACAUUAAAAUUGAAAGACAUCCUGAACAAAUCGGGUAAGUUAUAACAUUAAAUAUCAAUAUAUUAAUUGUUAUAAUA